CUUCCCUACCUCUUAGGGCAGUGGGGCCAGAUUGUGAAGUGUGCUGACUUCUGAUGUGAGGAACUUCAUCAAAACCAAGGUGGAACCUGGCUAAAUUUGCAACCUGAAGCCAUGGGCCAGGGGGCCAUGGUGACCUGAGGCCAGUGGACUCUGUCCAGCCCUCCCUUGCUGCUCCUUCUACCUCCCCUACCCUGUACUAAGAGGACUUGUCUGCACCUCUUCAGGGAACUGAUCCUGUUUUCCUACCCUCUACCCUCCCGAGACAGUUCCAGGCUGUACAACUCCUGCCUCCCAUCCCCUGAGGUGGUCCCUGGUCCUCCCUCAUUUCCCCUCGCCAUGCUUCAGCUGUGGAAGGUGGUAUGCCCAGCUCGGCAGCAAGAACUGCACCGCCUCAUACUGCUGCUGAUUGCUUUCAGCUUGGGCUCCAUGGGCUUCCUCGCUUAUUAUGUGUCUACCAGCCCCAAGGCCAAGGAACCCCUCCCUCUGCCUUUAGACUGCAGCAGCAGUGGGGCAGCUGGCCCUGGCCCUGCACGGCCUCCAGUCCCACCUCGGCCUCCCAGGCCUCCAGAAACAGCUCGAACUGAACCCGUGGUACUUGUGUUUGUAGAGAGUGCAUACUCGCAGUUGGGGCAGGAGAUUGUAGCCCUCUUGGAGUCUAGUCGUUUUCGUUACAGCACUGAGCUAGCACCUGGCCGAGGGGACAUGCCCACAUUGACUGAUCGUACCCGUGGCCGCUAUGUGUUAGUCAUUUACGAGAAUCUGCUCAAGUAUGUCAACUUGGAUGCCUGGAGUCGGGAGUUGCUAGACCGGUACUGUGUGGAGUAUGGUGUGGGAAUCAUUGGCUUUUUCCGAGCCCAUGAGCACAGCCUACUGAGUGCCCAGCUCAAGGGCUUUCCUCUUUUUCUACAUUCAAACUUGGGGCUCCGGGACUACCAAGUGAAUCCUUCUGCUCCUCUGCUGCAUCUGACACGCCCCAGCCGCCUAGAACCUGGGCCACUGCCUGGUGAUGACUGGACCAUCUUUCAGUCCAACCACAGCACAUAUGAACCUGUGCUUCUGGCUAACCUGCGGCCAGCUGAGCCCCCUGUGCCAGGACCAGUGCCUCGUCGUGCCCGGCUCCCCACUGUGGUGCAGGACCUAGGACUUCAUGAUGGCAUCCAGCGGGUGCUCUUUGGCCAUGGCCUUUCUUUCUGGCUCCAUAAACUUGUCUUCAUUGAUGCUGUUGCAUACCUCACUGGCAAGCGCCUCUGCCUGGACCUUGACCGCUAUAUCUUGGUAGACAUUGAUGACAUCUUUGUGGGCAAAGAAGGUACCCGAAUGAAGGUGGCUGAUGUUGAGGCUCUGUUGACCACCCAGAACAAACUCAGGACCUUAGUCCCCAACUUCACCUUCAACCUGGGCUUCUCGGGCAAGUUCUACCAUACUGGGACAGAGGAGGAGGAUGCAGGGGACGACAUGCUGCUGAAGCACCGCAGAGAAUUCUGGUGGUUCCCCCACAUGUGGAGCCACAUGCAGCCACACCUAUUCCACAAUCGCUCCGUGCUGGCUGACCAGAUGAGGCUCAACAAACAGUUUGCUUUGGAGCAUGGGAUUCCCACGGAUCUGGGCUAUGCUGUGGCCCCCCACCACUCGGGCGUGUACCCCAUCCACACGCAGCUCUAUGAGGCCUGGAAAUCUGUGUGGGGCAUCCAGGUGACCAGCACUGAGGAAUAUCCUCAUCUCCGCCCUGCCCGCUACCGCCGUGGCUUCAUUCACAAUGGCAUCAUGGUGCUGCCCCGGCAAACAUGUGGCCUCUUCACUCAUACAAUCUUCUAUAACGAGUAUCCUGGAGGCUCUCGUGAACUAGACCGGAGCAUCCGAGGUGGAGAGCUCUUUCUGACAGUGCUUCUUAAUCCGAUCAGCAUCUUUAUGACCCAUCUAUCCAAUUAUGGAAAUGACCGCCUGGGCCUGUAUACCUUUGAGAGCCUAGUGCGCUUCCUUCAGUGCUGGACACAGCUGCGCCUACAGACCCUCCCUCCUGUUCCUCUGGCACGAAAGUACUUUGAACUCUUCCCUCAGGAGCGAAGCCCCCUUUGGCAGAAUCCCUGUGAUGAUAAGAGGCACAAAGAUAUCUGGUCCAAGGAGAAAACCUGUGACCGGCUCCCCAAGUUCCUCAUUGUGGGACCCCAGAAGACAGGAACCACAGCUAUUCACUUCUUCCUGAGCCUACACCCAGCUGUAACAAGCAGCUUCCCAAGCCCCAGCACCUUUGAGGAAAUUCAGUUCUUCAAUGGCCCUAAUUACCACAAGGGUAUUGACUGGUACAUGGAUUUCUUUCCUGUUCCUUCCAAUGCCAGCACUGACUUCCUGUUUGAAAAAAGUGCCACCUACUUUGACUCAGAGGUUGUACCACGGCGGGGGGCUGCCCUCCUGCCCCGAGCUAAGAUCAUCACUGUGCUCACCAACCCUGCUGACAGGGCCUACUCCUGGUACCAGCACCAGCGAGCUCACGGAGACCCAGUUGCUCUGAACUAUACCUUCUACCAGGUGAUUUCAGCCUCCUCCCAGGCUCCCCUGGUACUUCGCUCCCUGCAGAAUCGAUGUCUUGUCCCUGGCUACUAUUCUACCCACCUACAACGCUGGCUGAUGUAUUACCCCUCUGGACAGUUGCUGAUUGUGGAUGGACAGGAGCUGCGUGCCAACCCAGCAGCCUCAAUGGAGAACAUCCAGAAGUUCCUGGGUAUCACACCCUUUCUGAACUACACACGGACCCUCAGGUUUGAUGAAGAUAAGGGAUUUUGGUGCCAGGGACUUGAAGGUGGUAAGACUCGUUGCCUAGGCAAGAGCAAAGGCCGAAGGUACCCGGAUAUGGACACUGAGUCUCGUCUCUUCCUGACGGACUUUUUCCGGAACCAUAACUUGGAGCUGUCAAAGCUGCUGAGCCGGCUUGGACAACCAGUUCCCUCAUGGCUUCGGGAAGAACUGCAGAAUUCCAGUCUGGGCUGAUGUCCCAGCCUUCUAUGCCAGCAUAAUGCCAUUUCCCAAAGGGGAAACCCCAGAGCAGGUCCCACAGGGGGAUUAGAGUGACCUGGCCUCUCCCCCUUCUACCUCAGUGGCCCUCAGGCCUGGGAUGGCUGAGAAGGGAAGGGCAUCCCUUUCCCAUAGCUCUUCAGCCUGAUAAAGGGGCUUCCUUGGCAGCCCUGUAUCAUGGUACUAGGUACCUUUGACUCAUAAACUUAGGAGGUGGGGAGGAGCGCACGGGUCCAGGCAGGAUGGAGAGGAAUGUAUUAACCCAAUGGUUUCCUCCUCCAUCCCGAGCAGUGUGUCUGUCUAUGGCAUGGGAGGGACCCCCUUUAGUCAGGCAGUGGGAUCUUCCUGUGGCCCGGCCUCCCUAACGUCAUUCACAUUGAAUGGGGAUGAGGUCGGACAGUGGCUCAUAGAGCUAAGUAUGAGCCCUGGCUGUGGGCCGGAAAUGUCCUUAAUAAACAUCCUUAUUUUUCUGUUUUGUUUGCCGUAAUGGAAUGAGGAAAACCUAGAAUUAAGCAGAAUCGGGUCUUCUCCCCCUGGUUCAGGGUUCAGCUGCACAUGCAAGGAAAAAAAGGAAAGCCCAGUAAACUAGAGUAAAAAAGGAGUUUAUAUAUUUAUAAAUGCCAAAUAAAUACCAGAGGCCACCCAGUGCCCCCUCCCAGACAGGCCUAUCUCCCCCAGCCC